AUGGACCAACUUGGGCACUGCAACUGCGGGUCAAUCGAAGUGAAACUUUCAGAAGCUCCUCAGUCUGUUGUUGCUUGCCACUGUUAUAAUUGUCGUCGCGCCGGUGGUCCGUAUUCAAUCAAUUUUAUACUCGAAGAAGACAAGGAACUGGUGAAGGAUCCGGAGUCUAAGCUGACGAUAUAUUACGACAAGAACACAGCAUCAGGUAACACCAUCAUGCGAUUCUUUUGCAGUUCUUGCGGAAGGCGAGACCCUUACAAGCUUACGCAUUCAAUUCCUGCUAGUCCGGUGGCGACACAGUCGCCCAUGUUCCCUGGAAAGAUCAUUAUCAAGGCUUCCCUUUUCACAAACAUUGUAGCUCACAGGGAUGAUGUUUGUGGGGAAACGAAAAUCAAAUGGCUUUAG